UGACUUGUCAAAAUUUCAACACUCAAAAUUGGGACUGGAUUAUGUUCUGUUAUUAAUGUUAUUGUAUUAAUAACAGUGCAUUACAUUAGUUAUAUUAUGUUAUUAUAUUAAUUAAUAAUUAAUUAAUUACUAUUCACUAGGUCCAUUCAUUCACACCUCUUUCAUGACUCACUUGUGAGUGAUGAUCUGAUCUGAUUUUCUGCUUUCUGGUAAUGUUCCAACACAGUUAUCUUAAUUAAUUAAUUAAUUAAUCACUGCAUUUAUAUAGCACCUUUCAGGAUACCCAAAGCGCUUUACAGAUCAUUAUUCAUUCACUCAGCAGUGGUAAGCUACUACUGUAGCCACUAGGGAUGGGCAUUCGAUGAAAUUUUCUUAAUCGAUCGUCGAGAGAAUUAACGAUCGAUUAUCAAUUAAUCAUUAACGUUUUUAUAUUAAAAUGAUCAUCAUUAUUAUUACUAUCUGCACUCCUAAUCUGCAUAAAUAAAUUCAACUUUACAACAAAUAAACCGUAACGACACUAGAGCCACAUCAGCCCGUUUAUUAUAAUGUGUUUAAUUCAGUUUUGCGCAACUCUCACAGAAACGAAACUUAAAACCGCAUCGCUAAUUUGCAUAAACUAAGAGAAGAUAAAACUACAGCUCUUGUGUCGCUGAUGCGGUCAAUUUCUGUUGGAUUAAAAGACAUGACUCAGUGGAAUACAGGUUAGUGUGACCAGAUUUGCGUUUGUCAAAACCAGGACACCGUACGGGGGUGGGAGGUUGGGACUCGUCAUCCACAUUGCGCGACUCUCACCUGGUAAAGCUUUUUCCCACUGGACACCGAAACAUAUGUUCCUGCUUUGUACACUGUGCACAUGGACUCCCACUUGUCCCGACCGGAACGGAAAGUGUGGAAUUUCUUGUACAAGUCAUCGUUAAAUACGCAUAUGCACUUCGACACAGCACCUGGGAGCCAGAGGAGAACAUCCUGGACGACAGACUCAUCCUGGGCUUUGAACAGAAGGAACGUGAGCGGGAUAUGAAUGGACCCAAGAAACGUGGCCCAAAACCCAAGAAUAUGGUUUUGAAGACUCGUGCUCCGAAAGGAGAGGCCAGUGGGCGCUCCACCCCCCCCUCUGCACCCUCUGGGCCCACACCUUCUCCUAAACUGCACUCUCUGGCUGCUACUCACAAGCUGAAGAAGGACAUCCAUCGCUGCCACCGCAUGUCCCGUCGCCCGCUGCCCUCCAUGUCUCCUGCCCUGUCCUCCCCUGGGGGGGUCCGCUCACGCCCUCACGUCUCCCCCUUCUCUGAGACAGUGCGCAUUCUCAACCGCAGAGUCAAGCCACGUGAGAUCAAGAGGGGCCGCAUCAUUCUCAACCUGAAGGUCAUUGAUAAGGCAGGCCGGGGCAGUGGAGCCCCAGGCUCCAGGGGCAUUUCCACUGGACGCCACAACAUUCCGUCACGCAAUCGCAUCAUCAAGAAAGGAGAUGCUCCCUAUAAGCCUUUCCAGUCUCCCUUUAAAAUGCUCGGCUUCCCCAUGUAUGGGAAGCCUUUUGGGCUGCAGUGUGGAGGUCCUUUCCCAUCUCAGCUAGCGCCCUUCUCCUGCUCCACUACUCCAAGCCUGGCCGCUCCCAGCCAGGCCACUCCCAGCCUGGCCGCUCCCAGCCAGGCCACUCCCAGCAUGGCCGCUCCAAGCCAGGCCACUCCCAGCCAGGCCACUCCCAGCCAGGCCUCGUUACAAGGAGUAUCUCAGAAGCAGGUUUCCCCAGCACAGUGCUCUGAGGACCAGGCAGACCAUGGUCUCUUGUCAGCAGGACUUGUCCCAGCUGAGGGAGCUACAUCAGAGCAGGUGUGUGAAGGCCCACCAAAGGGUGCUUCUGGAUGGCACCCUCAAUUGGCUCCAGGCUGCAAAGAUGUAGUGGUAACAGAUGUGACCACUAAUUUGGUCACAGUUACCAUUAAAGAGUUCCCCUCCCCCUCCGACAGCCCUGACAGCAGUGCUGACACCCCCCAGCCCAAGCAAUAGAACUGAAGGAUCACUCCGAAUGUCCACACCAUGAAGUCCUUUAACUUAAUGUUAUUGUUGUGUUGUGUCUGGACUCAGAUAGAACAAAGCAACAACAGAAAGUCAGAUGUAAACCUAAAAUAUGCCUUAAGGCUGCACAAUGUGAUGAGAAUAUCUAUUUUUGUCUAAAACAUUAUUACAUUAUUACCAGGACAACCAUGUCACAGAGGCUUAAAGAUCCUCUAUUACACAUACCUGACUCAUGUGAGCUUUAAGCCACGUCAGAAUUCUGCUACCUCAAAAACAGACCUGGUGUUGUGUUUUGUUUCAUUCACAUAUGUUUGAUUAAUCCUUUAUUAUUAGUCUGUCUACAUCUCUAAAGCUCAAUAUGCUCUGUUCCACCUUGUGAUGUCAUGUAGUGGUAGUUUAAGUUAACAUCCCCUUUUACCAUUUAUUCAGCAGAGAUUGGCAAGUCCAGGGCUGAAAUCAUGCAAGUUAUUCUAGUGAUGGUACAAUUCCUGUAUUACCACAUUACAUCAUAAGUUGGAACAGAGUGUUUUACAACUGAAGAAAGACCUCAGCCUAAAUAUGCGGGGUUUGUGUGUUAAACAUGUGAAUGAAACAUACCAACAACUCCAAGUCUGUUUUUGAUGAGAAAACAACCUUAUAACAGAUCAGAAAAUAGUGUAGUAUGGGCCCUUUAACUGUGGUCUGAUUGACAACACGAGUCUGGAGCCGUUCACUCUUUAGGACUCUAGCUUUAGAGAAUGCACCUUGGCAGAAGCUAUGUUUGUCCAUUUCAAAUAUGACUACAAUUGUGGGAAGGUUAUUCACAUCAAAAAAUAUUGAAAUAAUGUACCCAACUCAUGAGAAUAUGUUUGGUGCCUGGAUAUUUGUGUUUUGAAUUGAAUGGAUAUGGUCAUGUUGUGUCUUUGCUGUUAAAUGCAGCCUGUGUUGUCAAUAAGAAUGUUGUUUUUGGCCACAGCGACUCAGCAAGAUAGACUGAUGCACUGACAUUUCGAUAAUGAAUUUGUUUUUGAAGAUUUUUUAUAUAUUUUGAGGCUACUCUCUGAUAUGAAUGUCCAGCUGAGUGCGCACACCAACUGUUUACAGAAAUGUGUUAGCUGAUAUGAAUACCCAACAUCUCGGGUUUGACAUUAAUGUAAACCAAAAGUGUAGAUAGGUGGUACCCCAGAAGAGUAGAUGAUCUGAUUGAUUUUUCCAAGUGCCAACCAGACCAGUGACAGUAAAGCUAACAACAACUAGCAUGCUAAUUUGCAAUUCUUUAUGAUCAGACAAUAAAAUGCAUUAUUAUUAGAUGUAGACAGUACUUAUUUUGACCUCAAGAGCUGCUUUUACAAUAUAUCUGUAUUGGGGCAAGACACAUUUUGGUCAAAUACCUAAUACAAUCUGGUGCAGGGUCUUUAAGCAAAUAUUUCAACAACAGAAGAGCUUGUUUACUGCACUCUGAGAAACACAGCUAUAGAUUUAUAUCAGAUCAGUUGUAAUUGUCUACCAACACCUGCCACAGUGACCAGUCACCAGUGAUCUGAAGAAUUAAUGUCAGGCCCUGAUUGGUUAUUCAUAAUUGGUAUUUGAAUAAUGAAUAUGCAGCAGCUGAUGUAGUGUGUAUUGUACAAACUGCAGUGCUUUGUGUGUGUUUCAUGUGGCUUUCAUUUUAAUGCUUUUAAGAAAUACAUGACAUCAAAAUGUCUCGUAUUUGACAUCAAAUAAAAACAAUGAAAAUAG